AUGAAUAACUUUUUUAUUUGUAAAAAUGGUCAAAAUAUUUCAUGGACAUUUGUAUGUGAUGGCUAUAAUCAAUGUAUAGAUGGUUCAGAUGAACGAAAUUGUUAUUGUCAAGGUGAUGUGUAUGCUUGUUUACAAGGGAAUAAUGUCAGUUGUAGAAUUGCAUGUGCAACUUAUGGUCGUGUUACUUGUUUAACAUAUCAAAAUAUACGAGCAUGUGAACAGUAUAUACAAGAACAUAGCAGUGCGAUUCAUUUUGAUAUUAGUUCUACGAGUGAAUCAUUUAUAUUAACAAAUGAUUUUGAUGCACUUCGAUAUUCAGCUUGUUUAGCUAUGAGUAUAUUAAUACUUGUUUCAAUUCUUUCCAUACUUAUUUAUUUAAUUCGUAAAAAUCCUACAAAAUUAUUAUUCUCUUAUACUAAUAAAUCAUUGAAUAGAAAUAUAAAUCGAACAUCGUCAAAUAGAUUAUCAUCUGUUACACAACAACAAUCAUCUUCAUUAAAUUUAUCGCAUUCACAUAAUACAUUAACACCUAAUAUUAAUGAUUUACCACCAUCUUAUGAUUGUUUAGAACAAAAUUCAAUAUCGCUAAAUGAUUGUUAUGAACCUCCACCGUAUCCUGGUCCAUCAUUAUUUUCAUCUGUACAACAAUCGCAUUCAACCUAUUAUGAAACAAUUAAAACACGAACAUUAUCAAAUUCAAUGUCUAUGCUACAUCCAAUGCUUUUGCCUGAACCAAAUGUAUCAACUAAUAUUCGAACAUAUUGUGUAUAA